AUGGAUCUCAGCAAAGCAAAAAAGCUACGAGAAAGUCAAAAAAAAUACGCAGAGAAAAUCAUUUUCAAGAUAAACAAGGAAUGYGAGGAAUUCAAUGGCUCUAAGGAGCAAAAAGAAAAUCUACUUGGAUUAAAGAAAUCACUGGAAGAAAAAGCUUCGACUAUCAACAAGUUGGAUGAAUCAAUUCUGGAAUCAAUUGGCAACCCUUCUGGGACUACAAACCUGUUAUCUACUCAUGUACUCAGAAUAGAUGUAAGUUCCUUAAUCAAAAGUGACGCAGUAUUGGAAACACCCCCUUGUCCACAGUUUUGGGACGUGGAAAUGGUUGGUACGUGUAUGUUAAAAGGAAGCAAACCAAAUAUCAAGGAACCUAUCCAAGAUAUUGAAUUCAAAGAUGGAAUCUAUCAAGUGAAGUUACCGUUCAUAGAGGGACACUCUAUGAUCCCUGACAAUCACAGCACAUCAGUUAAACGUCUACAUUCAUUGAUUACACGACUUCGUAAGGAACCAGAAACUUUGAAACAAUAUGAUGAAGUAAUCAAGGAUCAAAUUGAGAAAGGAGUUGUGGAAAGAGUGACAGACACGAAUGACGGAGAAAAAGUAGGGCACGUUCACUACCUACCUCAUCGUGAAGUAAUGCGAUCAGAUCGAUCCACUACAAAACUUCGUGUUGUCUACGAUGCUUCUAGCAAAGGACCCAAAAAUGUUGGUCCAAGUCUCAAUGACUGUCUUUAUACUGGUCAAAGUCUUACACCACUAUUAUAUGACAUCCUUCUCAGAUUUAGAACACAUAGACUAGCAAUCACUGCAGACAUUGAAAAGGCCUUCCUGAACAUCAGUAUUUCUCCAGAACACAGAAACUUUCUCAGAUUCUUGUGGGUGAAUAACAUAGAAGAUGAAGAUCCAGCAAUUGAAGUUUUUCGUUUUACUCGUUUGGUGUUUGGACUUACAUCAAGCCCUUACAUCUUGAAUGCUACUAUACGUCAUCAUUUGGAUCAGUAUGCUCAACAGGAUCCAGGAUUUGUAAAGGAAGUUGUCAACUCUUUGUACGUUGAUGAUUAUGCAUCAGGAGCUGAUGAUCUCAAAUCUGCAUCUGAACUAGCCCUCAAGGUAAAACAGAGAAUGCUGGAAGGAGGAUUCAACAUGAGGAAUCUCACAAGUAAUUCUACAGAACUGAUUCAAGAGCUUAAGGACAUUGAACUGUUUAGCAAUAGUUUAAAUCCUACAGACACUAACACUGAAUGCCAAAUGUUAGGACUGAUUUGGAACACUGACAAGGAUAAAAUCGUUAUGAAAGUCGAUAAAGUGACUGAAGACUUAUUGGAUUCAACUCAGGUCACAAAAAGGAUCAUCUUGAGUACAGUUGCAAAAUUCUAUGAUCCUUUAGGAAUUGUAUCACCUGUUGUUCUUUUACUGAAGAUUCUAUUCCAAGAGGUCUGUAAGAGACAAUUCAAUUGGGAUGAACCACUUCCCRAGGAUAUGGUUARGAACUUUAAYUUGAUUAUUUCUGACUUGAACAAGWCACAAGCAGUUAAGCUCAGCAGAUGUURURUAGAUCCUACCAUGUCAAAGAAGGAAAUAAUAUCUGCACAGUUGCAUGCAUUUGGAGAUGCAUCAGAAAGAGCUUAUGGAUCUACUGUCUAUCUACGAAUCGAGUAUCCUUAUGGAGUUCAUUGUAGUCUUAUUGCCUCUAAAACAAGAGUUGCUCCUAUGAAUGAACAAACCAUUCCACGAUUAGAACUCCAAGCUAGUCUUGUAACAGCUCGAUUAGCAGAUCAGAUUAAGAAAUYAUUGGAAAGUGUAUURCCUAUUGAUGWACUUGAGUUAUGGUCAGACUCYGCGGUUGUAUUACACUGGAUAAAGAACGGAGCAAAGAAACAGAAACAGUAUGUACAAAACAGAAUCAAGGAGAUUAGACAAUUGACACGAGCUGAAUGGUGGAGAUAUUGUCCAACACAAGAUAAUCCAGCAGACCUUGCCUCCAGAGGAACUUUAGUUUCACAGCUGAUCAAUAACGAUAAGUGGUUUAAAGGACCACAAUUCCUAUCAGGAAAAAUAGACCUGUGGCCGUCGCAAGAUGUAAUUGCCACUUCUAAGGAACAGGUAGAAGAAGAGAAUGUUAUGACCGAAACAGAUGAAUCUAUUACCGUCAAUCUCAGCAUGGCGAAAGAUCCAGAAGCGCAACCUAAGUUGUUUAUACCCGUUGAGAAGUAUAGUGACUUACAAAGAGCCCUAAGAAUUACAGCUUAUGUUACACGUUUUAUCAAUAACCUGCGAAGGAAGAAACUCAAUCAACCAAUAGUCAACGAAACUCUUAGUAUCCAAGAAAUGAACAAUGCAGAAAAGUUAUGGAUAAGAAUCAUGCAGUACUUCAUUAGACUCUCCUCUGAGAAAUUUAGACAACUCCAAACCUCGUUAGACUUGUUCAUGGACGACGAAAACAUCGUUCGAUGCAGAGGGAGACUAAAAAACGCGUCCAUUCCAUAUGAUACAAGAUAUCCAAUCUUAUUGCCAAGCGAUCAUUACUUGACGAAAUUGAUAAUUCGGGAUUGUCAUCAGAACGUGAAACACAACGGAGUUAAGGAAACUUUGACAGAAUUACGAAAGAAAUUUUGGAUCAUAAAGGGCAGACAAGUUGUCAAGAAAUAUCUGUCUAAGAUCGGAAUCGGUUUUGCUGGGCCGGUAUACGUUAAGGACAUCUAUGCAAGUGGACAAUUGAAUAAAGCGWACAUAGCGUUAUACACUUGUGCAUCAAGUAGAGCUAUUCAUUUGGAUUUGGUACCUGACUUAAGCGCAGAAUCAUUGAUAAGAAGUCUCCAGAGAUUCACCGGAAGACGUGGAACACCAGUAUUCAUUUUAUCAGACAAUGGCAAGACAUUUAAGGACAGAAAACUCAAAAAGUUUGUGCGUGAAAAGAAUAUCGAAUGGAAGUACAAUGUCGAGAGAGCCCCAUGGUGGCAGAAGGAAUACCUCACUGAGCUAAGAGAACAUUACCGUUACAAAGAGAGAAGAAAUCAGUCAAGUGGUGCAAG